AUGGCACCUUCACUCAAAAUCAGCGCCGGUCCCUCGGUCGACCAGCUCGAGACAGUCGCAGUCAAUCACGACGAGUUACCCACCUCCAUCGACUCUCCCCACUUCCAAGGUCGGAUCGCAGUUCGAAUCAAGUCCUUCACAGGAUCAGACCCUGAUGCAGUCGAACAUCGCAAGGACACGCUUUAUUUCGAGAAUGGUCAUGGCAAACAUCAGUCUUGGUCGAUGCAGAUUCAGGGCCGCUUCAAGGAAGAGGUGAGCGCGGAUGAUUUAAUUUUUGGCAACGAGUUUGAUAAGCCGAUCAAAGAUCAUCUGCCAUACGGUACAAGUGUAGCUUUACAGUUUGUAAAGUUGCUCGAUCCAAACUUGGAGCAUGACUUGUAUGCGCAGAAACCUUAUGCUUGGAGUCCUUACCUUGCUACCAUGCCCAGAAUUAGUUCUCAAACGCUCGAAAAGCAGGUAGAUGGCUUCGAUGGUUGGCCCGCAUUUCCCGUUGCGCCCGAGGCCUAUGUUGAGGAUGACAUUUCAAGCCUCAUCCCCGAAGAGUUGGCAGAAAAGAAUAAAGAUACGGUCGCAAACUUCAAAGGCAUCGAUAAAGCUCACGAAUACCGUCAGCGUUUCUUAGGCAACAAGGAGAAUAGACAGCAGAUUACAAUCAAGCCAGAACAGGUCGUGACGGCAGAUUUCUUCAACGGUUUCAUCGACUUUAACGAUUUAACCCUUCACAUACCCUUUUCGGGCGGAUUGAAGUUCGACCUGAAGAAGUACUGGGAUGGUCAACCGGUAAGGUACAUUUGUAAGGAUAAGAAGCAAGGUAGAGUGUUCUUUGUGAUUCAGUUUGAUAUUGUUGAUCUUCACAACUAG